CCCCGUGGCUCCACUCCGCUCAACUGGUUAUGCACCCGCGUUAGUUCCAGAUCCCAGAAGUUCUCUUGUUGGUUUAUGGAUAUGGAACGGCGUCUGGGCCGCUGCUGGUAUCUGCUUUAGUUACUGACUGCUGGUAGACGCCGUCGCCCACCACCACCAUCAUGGCUCAAGACGACGACAAGAAGCCGCCCAAGAAAAGCGUCUCCAUGGACGAAAAGUGUGACUUAGACAUGGAGGAGGGCAGUAGCACCGGCUUGGCCCUCAUGCCUGACCUACCCAAGCCUCUCACCCUGGAGGAGAAGAAGUUUCUCUUAGCUGUGGAGAGAGGUGACUGUAACACAACCAGGAAGAUGCUGCAGAAGGCUCACCGUUACCCAGCUUACAUGAACAUGAACUGUGUGGACCCGCUGGGGCGAGGCGCCCUCCACAUGUCCAUCGCCAACGAGAACCUGGAGAUGGUGGAGCUGCUGGUGGUGAUGGGGGUGGAGACCAGGGACGCUCUUCUCCACGCCAUCGACGCUGAGUUUGUCGAGGCCGUGGAGGUCUUGCUGGAACACGAGGAGGUCAUCCACAAGGAUGGAGAAUUAUACUCUUGGGAGAAGGCUGACCGCAACACGUCAGCCUUCACGCCAGAGAUCACGCCCCUGAUCCUGGCCGCCCACAGGGACAACUACGAGAUUCUGAAGAUCCUUCUGGACCGCGGCGCCACGCUGCCCAUGCCUCACGACAUCAGGUGCGGGUGUCCGGAGUGCAUCAAGUCGUCCUCGGAGGACUCCCUGCGGCACUCCCGCUCCAGGAUCAACGCCUACCGGGCCCUGGCCUCGCCCUCCCUCAUCGCCCUCUCCUCCACCGACCCCAUCCUCACCGCCUUCCAGCUCUCCCUCGAGCUGAAGAACCUCGCCUACACUGAACACGAGUUCAGGUUCGAGUACCUGGAGCUUCGUACCAAAUGCAUGAAGUUCGCGGAGGAGCUGUUGAGCCACGCGCGGUCGUCGCGGGAGCUGGCGGUAAUGCUCAACCACGACCCGGACACCGUCGUGCCCUACGAGGAGGGCAAGCACAUGACCCUCAAGAGACUCGAAUUAGCCAUCGACUGCAAGCAGAAGAAGUUCGUGGCCCACCCCAACAUUCAGCAGCUGCUGGCGGCCUUGUGGUACGAGGGCGUCCCAGGCUUCAGGAGGAAGGCUGUUAUUGACAAGUGUCUGGAGAUACUCAAGGUGGUGGUGCUGUUCCCCUUCUACUGCAUGUGGUACAUGGUGAUGCCGGAUUCCCCGACGGGCAGGCUCAUGAGGACCCCCUUCAUGAAGUUCCUCACUCACUCCUCCUCCUACCUCUUCUUCCUCAUGCUGUUGAUCCUGGUGUCUGUUCGCUUUGAAAACCUGGUCAUCUGGCUCUUGGGAACGGAAUCAAUGAGACGAAACUUAGAAGAGUCGAUGCGACGUCAGCGCGGGAACCUGCCCACGCCCAUAGAGGGCAUUGUGGCCCUCUGGGUCAUAGGGUUCCUGUGGGAGGAGGCGAGGGAGAUCCACUCGGAGGGCUUCAACAAGUACAUCAAGAACAUGUGGAACAUCUUGGACAUCUUGCGGGACACCCUCUACAGCAUCACCAUCUUCCUCAGGAUCUUCGCCUUCAUCCAGCAGAGUCAGGAGAUUGCCAGCGUUCCCACGACGGCGUUCAUCCCGCGCGAGGAGUGGGACACCUUCGACCCGCACCUCAUCUCUGAGGGCCUCUUCUCCGCCGCCAACAUCCUCUCGGCGCUCAAGCUGGUGCACAUCUUCAGCAUCAACCCUUACCUCGGACCCCUGCAGAUCUCUCUCGGCCGCAUGGUCAUCGAUAUCGUCAAGUUCUUCUUCAUCUACUCCCUUGUUCUCUUUGCCUUUGCUUGUGGUCUGACCCAACUGCUCUGGUACUACAACGACCUGGAGAAGAAUAAAUGCUACUCGCUGCCCGGGGGUCUGCCGGACUGGACCAAGCAGAGCGACGCCUGCCUCAAGUGGCGACGCUUCCACAAUCUGUUCGAGGCGUCACAGUCGCUGUUCUGGGCGGGCUUCGGCAUGGUGGGGCUGAGCGACUUUGAGCUGACUGGUAUCAGGGAGUACACGCGCUUCUGGUCCAUGCUCAUGUUUGGCUCCUACUCCGUCAUCAACAUUAUAGUGCUCCUCAACCUCCUCAUUGCUAUGAUGUCCAACUCCUACUCCUUCAUUGUUGAACACGCCGACACGGAGUGGAAGUUCGCCAGGACCAAGCUGUGGAUGUCGUACUUCGAGGAGGGCAACACCCUGCCGCCGCCCUUCAACAUCUUCCCCACUUUGAAGAGUUGUCUGAGGCUAUUUGGCAAGUCGAGCAGGAAACAAGCGCUCGUCCGCAAGAUGUCUUCCAGGACCCAGAGCCGGCACAAGAAGGCGCGCGACUACCGCUACCUGUCGGUGAUGCGGGCGCUCAUCUGGCGUUAUGUGUGCUCCUUACAACGACGCAACGAGGAGCGACCUGUCAACGAGGACGAUAUUAGUGAAGUUAAGGGUGACAUCUCUUCCCUCAGAUUCGAGCUCAUCGAUUUGUUCGGACACAACGGCAUGGACAUCUCGCUGUGCGCCAAGAAGAGCAGAGCCGCGUUGGGCCGCAAGAUGCGAGUGUGGGAGCGUCGACUGAUGCGAGACUUCCACGUGUCUCCCGCCAUGGGUGCAGACGACAGCUCGGUGCCCAGGGAAGAGGUUCCUAUCGAGGGAGAGAGCGCCGCUGACAAGUUCCGCAGGAUAGCACGUCUUGCCAUGGCCAAAUCAACCGUUGAUACCAGUGGCUCCUCUCUGUCCCAGAUCGGCUCUGGCUGCGACCAAGGGCGAGAGAGCCUGAAGAUGGCCAUGGACAGAGCCCGCAAGAAGAUGGAAGAAGGAACACCUGACGGGUCGCCAGGCUCCUCCCGCGGUUGCUCCCCCUUCCCUGACUUGUACACAGGACCUCACCUGCUGGAGGCCAUCAAAAACCUGGAUCUGAGCCCUCACGCCUCACCAUCCGAGACACCAUUGCCAACUGAAACCAAAAUCUGGUCCAUGCCAGGCAAAGCUAAGGACGGGCAAGCUAAGGACCCCAACAUGCUGACGGUGCCAGGGCGUCGUUCCUCCCACUCGCUCAAAAGGGACGGUGAGGAUGGUGGAUCCGACAUCAGCUUAGACGUUCCUGUGAGCAGCAACAUCAAAAGUUCUCUAAAGGUUCUCUCCAAGAAGAAGACUGAAGUAGUCAGCGAACCCCAACCCUCUAAACCUGUUCAGCAUCAAAUCACAGAUGAAAGCUCCCCUAAGCCUCCGGCGACCAUCACAUCAGUAUCAGAGAAGACCCCGCAGCAGGUAGAUAAAAUUGAGGCUAAACUUGAGAAGAAAGAAGCUCAAGUCUCAAAAACAGCAUCGUUGGGCGUGCCUCUGCCAAGUAAGAUUGAACCUCCAGUUUACAAAGAAAUUGUCAAAGCAGUCUCGGUGAAAAGCGCACCUCAGUUGAGUAAAGGUGAGGAGUUAGUUCAGAAGAAAGAAAUUGAAACCCAGAGACCUGAGCCUAUAAUUCAACAAAGCACAGAAGCAUUGAAGCCGAGCCAGAUUAAAGCCAGGGGCUUUCUUCCCAUCAACAAUCAGCAAAAGGCUGAGGUCCCAGCCCUCCCAAGGCGCCCGGUGGGACGUCUUCCCAUCAGGGACUCAUCACCACUGAGGAUCCCUCCUCCAGCCUGUGUAAAUGCUCGUCGUGGCCCUGAGUCCGAGCAUGCUGUGCAUCGCCCCGUACCUUUACGGCCGCCCCAAGUCCAGCAGCAGACGUUUACCGGCUCCGACGAGCUAGAGGAUGUAGACUUUGUUCGUCGCCCUUCACGGCUGCCACCCAAGCAGAAAAGCCCUCCGCCUACCAUCGCCGUUAUCCCGUCAACUCCAAAGCCAACAGAAACUCCCGUCCCUCUCAGUCCACCUGCUCACAAACCUGUGAAGCCACAAGCUCCUCAGCCUGUAUCUCCAAAACCUGCAGCCCCUGAGGCUCCGUUAAAACAGGUUUCCACGGAAAAAGAUUCAUCAGUUAAGGAUUCUUCUGAAAGUAUCCCCAUUGAAAAGGCUGCUGCUGAUGACGUUGCUGCAGAGAAGGCGAUCCAAGGCAGUCCGGGGCCAAAGCCGUCCACUCCGCCAGCAGCAGCCUUCCGCGACAACACUCCGUCUACCCAAAGCGAACCUUUGCUAAAACCAAAGGGGGAGAAGAAGGGUGGGUGGCUGUAAGCUGGGCGUCGCCCCUACGACCGCUCACCGCCAGCCUAUCCUCGACACCCAGGCAACUGCGCCCAUUCUGGCGCAGUUGCCGUUCUCAGUUUUAUAAUAGUACUAUCCACAAAACAAGGUAUUCAUUAUGAGAUAGGAACAUCCUUCACGUAAAUGUUUCGCUUUCAGCUCACUUUGGAUUCUUACAUGUCAAUACGUCUGAUAACGUGACCUCUUGCCUAAUGACAAACACUUACUAGUUUACAUGGUAGUUUACUAAUGUAUUUACAUAGGAGUAAACUAAUGUUUACAUGCGAGUAAAAGGACAGUCAUAUGUAUUCCUCUUGCGAUGAAGCCCAUUUAAUUAUUCAUUAAGUCUUCAGUAGACUUUAUUUAAAUGUCAUAUAAUAAUAACUGAUACAUAUAUGCUACAUGUAUCAACUGUCCUUAUUACAGGCGAAUACUGUAACAUAAAUUUAUUUUUCAUAUUACUUCUCCCUCCAGUGCCAAGAACAUUAUUCAAGAACAAUUUUUAAAUUGUUCUGUAGAGAUAAAUUGGAUUCUUAUUAACCAUUAGAGCUUCCAACCAACUGUUAGAGCUUCCAACCAACUGUUAGAGCUUCCAACCAACUGUUAGAGCUUCCAACCGGCCGUUAGGGCUUCCUGCCGACCGUUAGAGCUUCCUACCGACCGUUAGAGCUUCCUGCCAACCGUUAGAGCUUUCUACCGACGUUAGAGCUUAGUAAUGACCAUUAGAGUUUCCUAAUGACCGUUAGAGAUUCCGCCAACCCUUAGAGCUUCCAACCGGCCGUUAGACCUUCCUACCGACCUUUAGAGCUUCUCACCAACCGUUAGAGCUUUACUAGAGCUAGUAAAGCGAUCUUUCCCUUUAAUAUAUGUUUUACAAAAGUUUACCUAUGAUAGUUACAGAGUAAGUUUUACCAGACAGACAUUGAAAUCCCAACCUAACUCUUGUACAAAAUUUCUGUGACGAAGCACUGCUCGUUGGGGUCAUAUGUGUAUGCAUAUGCAGUAUAACAUUGCCGCUUGAUGACGAUUUUGUAAUUUUAAAUAACAAGUAGUUUAGAAAAAUUAGGCCUAAUAAAAAUUUAUCUUUUUUUUCCCCAGCACAUGUGUAAUGAAUGUAUUAUUAAAAAGGCAUUGUUCAAGUUUAAGUAUAUUUAUUGAGACAAGAAAGAAAUACAUCUCAAAGGGAUAGAGUAGCUUAGGCUAUUUCUACCCCCCAAAGGCAUUGUUAUUUUCUCCAAUGGACGGUGACUAUAUAUGGAGUUAUAAGUUUAAAAUGUAUCACAGAAGUUAGGACUUUGUUUUUGAGUGCAUACGAUCUCUUAGCAGGACUGAGGCGGGUAUAUAGGUCUUCGAUCGUAACUUAAAAAGUCAAUAGCAUGUCAGAUAACUUACCACAAAUGCCAGGGAACACAACCGAAAUUCGAGUGGCGGAAUUUUGUGUGAGCUCUUCACUCAAAGUUGUAUUUAGCUUUUGUGAAAUAUCACAUCAUUAAAGCUCUCCUCACAUAAUACUUCAAUAAAACAGUUCUGAUAAC